AACUGGAGAUGCUAAGGUGGAAGGGAGAUCACUCACAUGGGAAGAUGGCGGUGCUUUUGGAAACGUCUUUGGGCGAUUUAGUGAUUGAUUUAUACCUGAAAGAAAGACCCAACAGUUGUCUGAAUUUUUUGAAAUUAUGCAAAGUGAAAUAUUACAACUUCUGUCUCUUUCAUUCAAUUCAGAGGAAUCUUGUUGCACAAACUGGGGAUCCCACAGGAAGUGGACGUGGUGGAGAGUCUAUAUUCCGGAAAUUGUAUGGAGACCAGGCCCAGUAUUUUGAAAUGGAGCUUAGCCCCAAAAUUAAACACAAGAAGAAAGGAACAGUAUCAAUGGUGAACAAUGGCAAUGACAUGCAUGGUUCUCAGUUCUUUAUCACUCUGCAAGAAAAUCUGGAUUACUUAGAUGGCACUCACACAGUCUUUGGAGAAGUUACUGAAGGUUUCGACAUUGUUGACAAGAUAAAUGAAGCUUAUUGUGAUAAAGAUCACCGACCUUUUCGCGAUAUCAGGAUCUACCAUACAGUUAUUCUAAAUGAUCCCUAUGAAGACCCACCACACUUGGACAUUCCUCCGAUGUCACCUGUGCCUACAAAAGAGCAACUUGAAAGUGACCGUAUUGGUGACACCGAAGAUCUUGAUGACACUAAAGGUAUGACUGAAGAAGAAAUGAAAGAGCUUAUGGAACAAAAAGAAGCCAAGUCCAAUGCCCAGAUUCUAGAAAUGGUCGGAGAUAUUCCCGAUGUCGAUGUUGCACCUCCUGAAAAUGUUUUGUUUGUCUGCAAGUUGAACCCAGUUACUACGGAAGAGGACUUGGAAAUUAUCUUCUCUCGCUUUGGUAAUAUUCGUAGCUGCGAAGUGAUCAAAGACUCGAAAACUAAAGAAUCCUUGCAGUAUGCAUUUAUUGAAUUUGAAAAGCCGGAGGAAUGUGAAAAUGCUUAUUUUAAAAUGGAUAACGUCCUGAUUGAUGACCGUCGAAUACAUGUUGACUUCAGUCAGUCAGUUGCCAAACUCAAGUGGAAGGGCAAAGGUAAUUUAGCUGAUGUGUUUAAAUGCCAAAAAAAAAAAUUGCUCCAUUCCAAAGGAAUCAUCAUUGUCUCCAUACACAACUUGGUUCUUCACACCAAAGUGUGUUGGGUCUCUUUGUUACUCGUUAUUGUUUCUCUUUUCCUUAAAAUCAGAAAAAAAUAUGAACUUGUUCUGGAGGAUGACGACCUUGAUGCCGAACUUGAAGCAGCACAGGUGAAAAAGGACAAGAAGAAGAAGAAGAAGAAGAAAAAGCACAAGAAGAAACACAAAAAACAGAAGAAGCAAGACGAGAGCGACAGCGAUCAGUCAGCAGCCAGCGAGAAAGCGUGGAAGAAAGCUUCCAAAUCAAAACAUGAGGAUAAAUCCAGUGCAUCUGUUAUCCAUCCUGAGAAACGAAGGAAAUUAUCAUCAGCGUCUCCUGAACCCAUCAAAGGAAAAUCUCACGCCAGCAGUGAAGAAAAUUCUAGAGAAAUUAGUCGUAGCCGUUCUCCAAUUUCUCGUUCACAGAAUCGUGCCAAUCGUAGUGAUCGUAGAAGCUGUUCUCCUGAUUCGAAGAGGCGCUCACCUGAUCUGAAACGGGCCAGAGAUUCUGACAAAGUUUCAAAAGAUCGUUCUCGAGAAAAGGAUCGCAAAAGUAGCAAAUCUGAUGUGAGACAUUCAAAAAAAUAAUUCCACUUUCUAAAAAAAUAUUUUUUACAUUAAUUUUUAAAAAUUCAUUUCAAAUGAAACAUCAAAUCAUGAAGUAAAAGUUACAUCAUUUUU